GAAGGACAAAGCCGAGGUGUAAUUCCAAAGAUGCAGCUCAGCCUGGUUUUAGCUGCUCUCCUCUGUUUCACCACAUGGGUGACCUUCACCAAUGCAACCCAUGGAUCUGAGAGGAACUGUUGUCUCCAGUGGUCCACCACCAAAGUGCCAGUUAAUCGUAUUGUGAAUUACACCAUCCAGCCUGAAGGCGUCUGCCCCAUCAAAGCAGUUCUGCUUGAGACGAGGCGUCGAAACAAACUCUGCUCGGACCCGGACAGCGAAUGGGCAAAAAGAGCCAUGGCGAAGGUGGACAAGGAUAGAACGUCGUCGCUGGAGGUGGGACAGAAACAAGAAGGAUCAACAGAUGACAUGACACCAGCAGCAACCGUGACAUCAAAGAAGGGAUCCAAAAGAAGAGGAAGGAACAGAAGGAGGAAAAACCACAGGAGAGGAAGGAAGGGGCAGAAAAAACGUGCCUGAGAGAUCACAAGACUAAUCAAAGUGACCACAGUUAACAAAUGUUUAUAUUAAAUUUAUAUAUCUGCAAUAUCUUAUAUAUUUUAAUAUAUUAUGAGUAUACUUUGUUGUUUUAAGUGUGUGUUUAUGUAAAAGAACAAUGUACAUAUUUGGAGCUUUCCUGCUAUUAGUUGCCAAUAAAAUACUUUUCAACUAA